AUGAAGCUCUCAUAUCUCCUCGUGGCAACAACUGCAGUAGCCGCUGCAGUGCGCUGGGCUAACGAUGACGAAGUUGCCGUUAUGAACUUCAACCGCGGCAAGGUCGGCACAGCUCUUACAAUGGCAAAUGAUGUAGAGAUACAAACCAUGGAGGUAGAACGAAUGUUUAAUAUCACUCCGGGCCUUGUGCCUAUUGACAAGAUGCGAGAAAUAUGGAAAUACCACGGCCAAGAUGUUGAUGAGAACCUACUGCUACACUGGCUAGCCAACUCAACCCAAAAGGCCCAUGAUGGUCGUCGUGAAGCGCAAGUAUUGGCUGCCAAUCAGUUUAUUCGUGCUGGCGGCUUUGGAAUGUUCCUAUCAUUCACUUCCGAUAACGGUGGCACUAUCAGGGCAGUUUGGAACGACUGCUAUGGUGCUGCUACUAUGGAUGGAACCUCAACCGGCAAGGAAUGUGGUGACAAGGUGCUCGCCGCGCUCAUUAAAGGGAGUUUGGGCUUUGUGGUGGGUGGAUUGGGUUACGGAGCCGUGCUAAUACAGGGUCAGGCGGAUCCAAACCAACCCAUCUACGAGUUACAAAACCAGCUACCUCCAGACUUGGAGCAUGGAGUUGGAGCGCUGAAGAAGCGUUCCGCAGACCAGGCUUGCCCAAAUCAUAACGGCAUUUUUAAUGGUUUUUAUGGAGUUUGGUUCCAUCUCGGGGCACAUAUCGGUGCCAAACUAUCCGGGUAUGCACCUUGUGAUAAAGCAGUCCACAAACCCAGUGAUGCUGCACAAGGUAGCUUCGGUUACCAGAUAAACAGAGCAGCUGGUGAUAAUGGAGCACCUAGGAUCCAGUUCUACACGAUCGAGGAUGGUUCUAAGGCGAACAUAAUGGGUGGCGCCAUUGUCUACGAAACCCGGGCGACCGACACCUGCCCAGAAUACAUCGCUUUCGACAGCUGUGAGGAAUGA